CGCCUCUUCCGCCUCCGGCCGUGCCACAACCCGCCCCUCCUGGCGGUGGUCGUAGUCUGCGAGCAGAGCGGCGGGACCUCGAAGGGCUAUGGCCGCUGCAGGGUCUGUGAAGGCGGCGUUACAGGUCGCGGAGGUCCUGGAAACCAUCGUGAGCUGCUGCGUGGGGCCUGAAGGUCGUCAAGUUCUGUGUACGAAGCCUACCGGUGAGGUACUGCUCAGCCGGGAUGGAGGCCGCCUCCUGGAGGCGCUACACUUAGAACAUCCCUUAGCCAGGAUGAUGGUGGCAUGUGUUUCCAGUCAUCUGAGAAAAACGGGAGAUGGUGCUAAGACAUUUAUUAUCUUUCUUUGCCAUUUACUCAGAGGACUCCAUGCAGUCACAGACAAAGGAAAAGAUUCCUUGAUUUCCAAAAAUGUUCAAACCCAUGGAAGGUAUUGGAAAAAUUGUUGUCAGUGGAAUUUUAUUUCCCAAGCUCUUCUGAUGUUUCAGACACAAAUAUUAGACUAUGUUAUGGACCAGCACUUAAGUAGACACUUUUUGUCCAUCUUUUCUUCAUCCACUAAAGAGAGAACGUUGUGUAGGAGCUCUGUAGAGUUGCUCUUAGGGGCAUACUUUUGUGGAAGAGUGGGAAGAAAUAAUCACGACUUUAUUUCACGAUUAAUGUGUGACUACUUUUUUAAGUGUAUGGCUUGUGAAAGUGGGUUCAAAGAGGUAUGUGAGUUAGUGGAUGACUGUUUUGUUGAGUUGAACGUUGGUGUCACUGGCCUUCCAGUUUCACAUUCCAGGAUCAUACCAGGACUUGUGCUUCACAGAGACUUUUCUGUGUACUGUCCAGCAGAUGGUGACAUAAGAAUAGUGCUAGUAACAGAAAGUAUUCAGCCUCUCUUUUCAACUUUUGGAACAGAGUUUAUUCUAAAUUCAGAGGCACAGUUUCAGACAUCUCAAUUUUGGAUUAUGGAAAGGACAAAAGCAAUAAUGAAACAUUUACAGAGUCAGAAUGUAAAAUUGCUGCUAUCUAGUGUGAAACAACCGGACUUAGUUAUUUUUUAUGCAGGACUGAAUAGCAUAUCAGUGGUGGAGUGUUUAUCAUCUGAAGAAAUUUCUCUUAUUCAGAGGAUCAUUGGUCUUUCUCCUAUUGUACUACCGCACGCCUUUUCACAGUAUGAAAUUUCGAACACUGCUUUGGUGAAGUUUUAUAAGCCCCUUAUUCUUAGAUCCAAAAGAUAUGUUCAUCUUGGCUUGAUUAGCACAUGUUCGUUUAUACCACACUGUAUAGUUCUUUGUGGACCAGUGCAGGGUCUUGUUAAACAACAUGAGGAUGCUUUACAUGGAGCUUUUAAAAUGCUUCAGCAGUUAUUUAAAGACCUUGAUCUAAAUUACAUGAUACAAGUCAGUGAUAAAAAUCAUACAUUAAGUCCUCUUAUUUAUAAGAGUAUGACAGAAAGUAAUCAGUUACUAGAAAUUGGCUCAAUACAAAGGCCAAAUCAGGGCACAGUUGUAAAGAACAAAGAUGGACUGGCAGAAACUCAGAGAUAUUUAAAAGUACAUUCAAAUUUGGUAGUUCCAAGUGUAGAAUUAGAAACACAUAUUCCAUGUUCAACACCAAAAGUGACACCAACAGAUACAUACCAGACAGAUGAAACAUUGAGAUGUUUAUCUCCACACAAAACCAAGAUAAUUGAUGACCAUGAUCCAUUUGAGUGUAAUUCUUCUACAAAUUCAACAACAGAAAACGAUAGACUAGAAAUUUCUUAUGAAAAUUUAAAGAUCACAAAAAUUGCUGGAAAGGGGAGUAUGUUACCAGUGAGAUACAAGUCACUGGAGAUGGGUGCUGCCCAGAAUUACUGUUCCUCGUCUAUACCAGCAGGUUGUGUUUUGCCAGUGGGUGGCAAUUUUGAGAUCUUGUUAAAUUCCUAUCUUCUCAACUAUGCCAAAAAAUGCCAGCAAUCAGAAAUAGCCAUGGUUAGUAGGAUAAUAGCUAAUGCAGUUUUAGGCAUUCCCCAAAUCCUAUAUAAGUCUAAGAAAGGAAAUCACAGCUUUCCACAAGUAUAUAUAAGAGCUCUCCAUGCGCUGCGAACCAACCAACCCCUGGUAAGCAGUUAUACAGGUUUGGAAUCAGUCUCUGGUAAAUACCAGUUACUAACUUCAGUUCUUCAGUGUUUGACAAAAAUUUUAACCAUCGAUUUGGUAAUCGAUAUUAAGAGACAGCCUCAGGAAAUUUAUGAUCUAGAUUCUGAAGAAGAAUUAUAAAAUUAAGUUUUUAAUAAACCAAAGUUAUAAUCUAACUCAAGCCACGAAGGAGAGCAGGUAUGUGACCAUUGAUUCUCAAGGCAAUUCAGUCUAGUAAGGAAAACAGCAUAAUUUAAAAAGUCUUGAGAGGCCAGCAGCAUUCGGACACCAAUGUUAAACUAUGUUAUGGAACAGUUCUGAGGAGGUAGCCUUCAGAUGAGGGAAGCCAGAUCUGACUAAAUUUGUUCUUCCCCCUUAUUGUCCCUGCGUCUCAGCUGUGUUAGUCUCUGUGUUUGGGAGGGGUGUUUCUUUAGGGCUUUUCUUUACUCUUCUCUAUCUUUUUUCACUUUCUUCAUCUCUACUACCUCACCUUUCUGUGUUUAGUUCAUAGAAUCAUUUAAUCUCAGAUUUGGAUGGGGUCUUCAAAUGCCAUCCUAUUUUAAUUGUUUAUAAAACAUUUGGUUCAUUUAAAAUAACUUAUUUUCCCUACUCAUAAUUUCUUUUUACUUUUAUAUGGCCCUUUAUUUCCAUUUCAUGUGGAAAAGCCUGAAGAGAGUCUCACCAUCCAUGUCAUUGAAUAUGUUACCAAAAAUAUGACUUUAUGCAUUGUGAACUUAAUUUCAUUUCUGUAAUUAAAAGUUAAUUCCAGAAAGGAUAUGAAAUUUAUACUUUAAUUUUCUCCUGGCCCAUAAGAGCUUAUAAAAAUAAUUCAUGUAUUACGUAUUUGCUUCUUUUUCUCAUACUUAGUGCAUAUCCAGAAUUCAGUAGUAACAAAUAAUUUUAAAAAAUUUUUCUAAUGUGAAUUUUAAAGUGUUUAUAUUUUAUUUUAAAGGCUUAUAAAUGCAAAUUAUACUGUAUGUCUACCCCUCGAUAAGACAGUGUCUCCUACUUUUAGUACUCUGUAAUACCCAAGACAAUGCUCUGUUUAUACCAAGUAUUCAGAAGUGCUUGUUGAAUAAAACUGUUAUCUUUAA